GAACCCUUCCUUUUCCUUUCACCUUGCUUGCUUACCUUUGUCGCCGUCGCCUGCGUCCUGCUCGCUUGCUAUUAACUUUUUGCGGUGGAUGUCGGGCGUCGACUUGCUCGAGUCGUAUACCGCGCUCUCUUCCUUGUCGUCGCGAACUGUUGUGCUACAGAGCAUAAUUAACGCGCCGCCUUUCACGUUUAACAAUGAUACCCGUAAAACUCUUAUCGAUACCAUUCUACGCGACCUCAAAACCACUUCCAAACAUGGCACCAGCAAUGGGAGAUUAUCGUCCAAAGACGCUGCUCAAGCCUUACUUGCUGUGAAGACCCUUGGCAAGAACCCAUCAGGAUCCGAGACACUCGCCACUGCAUCAACGCUGAGCGCGCUCCUGGGCCUAUCAAUUUCACUCAAGGACGAUCCAGAAGCUUCCAGUGAGGCGUUAAGGUGCAUAGCGAAUACUAUGCUUUUGUUUGAGCAUGCCAGGGGUACUUUUAUUGGUAAAGACGUUGGGGGUGGCGAGACUUGUGUCGGCAUGCUUGAUAAAUCGACGACGCCGGACCAAGUCUUCAUUCUGUCGCGGAUACUCUUCUUGGCGACAGUGCCGGGUCCGUCUUGGAUCGUUUCGCUCGUCGAAGACCACAACCAUAAACGGAGAGGCAUCGUCGAUAUCAUUGCCAGCAAGCUUGAUGCCAUGCUUGUCGCUAUACAGGCUGGCACCAAGCUUGGACGUGAGGCCAUGGCGGAUCUGCUCAAGUUCACGUUCAAUCUGUUGCUGCAUUACCCAAAGAUGGUCGAUGCUGAGCCGCAGACUCCCCAAGCAGGCGAUGGUCAGAAAGCCAUGGGCGAUUUUUGGAGUCCCAAUCUUGACGGGUUGCUACCAUCUCUACUACGAACAUUCUACUCGUUGCCACCGACGUUCCCCAGCCCUUUGGUUUCGCCAUUAACCCACGUUAUCCAUGCCCUUAUCACGAUACCCAUCUCGUCCUCUCUCAAGCUCAUAUGGCUUGGUCCCUCGACCCCAGAGCGCCGCAGUUCGUCGAAUAGUAGUAGCCCCAAAAUGUCUACCAGUAGUGGCGGCGAUUCACCAGUGCUCUCUCAGACUCCUCCUAAGUCGAGUACAUUGGACCGGGCUCUAUCGGUGCUGUCUGUUGCGGGGCGUAGAUCUUUAUCACGGAGCCCAUCACCAAAUACAGCUACUCCACAAGACAUUCUCCUACGUGCCCACGACCUCCUCGAAGUCUCUUUUUCACACUAUUUUCCCGGGUCCAUCGACCCUGAUGACUCCUCUGUACGCGAGCGCCCGAAGAAGGAGCAGCUGGACGGGUCCCUUGAUGACAUUAUUUCACCACUAAUUGUGCUUAUUACACGUCUAUGCCUCGCAGAUGCGACUUCGCGAGGACGGCUUCGCGAAUGGAUUGUACCACCAGAUUUGGAUAGGUCGGCGCCGUUGGAGGGACGGUCAGAUAUGCUUGGUCGCUGUUUACGACUCAUGGGCAGCGUAUAUCACCCGCGGCUGAAGGACUCUGUGGGAGAGAUGCUGUUUGCAAUGUCCGACUCGGACGCGCGGAUAUUGUCAAGCCUUGUCGGAUAUGGCAACGUUGCUGGCUUCUUGUUUAACAAGGGUAUCAUGUCUGCUCCUCCACCGCCUGGUGGUGAGGAUCCCUCUUCAUCUACUGAACCUGUCGCGCCUGAUGGCAAGGUCAUCAACCCGAUUACGGGCAACACGAUGGAGAAGCCGGACCUGCCUGAUAUGACUGAAGAAGAAAAGGAACAGGAGAUGGAGAAGCUGUUCGUGCUGUUCGACAGACUGGAGAAGAGCGGUGCGUUGCCAAAGAGCCAGAAUCCUAUUCGGAAAGCGAUGGAGAAGGCGGCGAGUCAAUGAAAUGACGAAUGAAUGAAUGAACGAGCGAAUGAAUGCAUAUCGAUACUAUAUGUUACAACCAGUUACAGCACAUCUUGUACUUGUACAGACGCCGCUGGUAUGUCGGCGGGAUACCUAAAUAAUUACCGUAAUAUAAUUUCUUUGUUACAUCUGGG